AUGCACCACAUCGGUGUCCGCAUCGGUGUGUCGGGGAUUGGCAUCAGCCGCAUCGGUGUGUCAAGGAUUGGCAGAGACUACAGGUGGGCUGACCUGAUCGGCUUGCCAAGCCGACCCGGCAUGGUCAGCCCCCGUAUCGGCCCCGACCCCGACCUGGCCCCGACCCCUGCUGUUACCCCUAUUCCCUCAUCUAGCUCGGUAGUUUUCUGA